AUGCCAGUCUCCCGGUUAUUUCCUCUAAAUUGUCUCACACCGCCGAAGUUUCAUUACUGUCGUUGUACCUACUACAGAUGGCCCGUUAUUCUUUGUAGCGCCUCGACUUCAAGUAGUGGCAAGGCAGUCGCUCAAACUAAGGCAACUGAAAACUUGCCAUCGACAAAUGUCACAAUAAGAGUAAAACAAGCUACAAAAGAUGUGGGAUACUUCACCAUAGUUAUUGGUGGACUCGCACUUACUGGUGCUAUCCUUUAUACAAUUGUCCAAGAGCUUUUUUCAAGCAAAAGUUCGAAUGGUGUUUAUAAUGAUGCCUUCAAGAUCUGCAAGUCAGAUAACAGAGUCUUGAAUCUUCUUGGAAGUUCUAUCAAGGCCCAUGGUGAUCCAAAUAGUCGUGGUCGUAGAAGAAACAUUGCUCAUGAUUCUUGGUAUGACGACAAAGGCCGACUCCAUAUGGCAAUGAAAUUUCACCUCGAUGGUAAUUUGGCAUCUGGUGUUGUUCAUCUGGAAGUUGUAGAAAAUGAAUCCAAAGAAUUUGAAUAUCGUUAUCUAGUCCUCGAAACAGAUGCUGGAUUUUCAAAGAAACAAAUUAUUCUUCGUUCAUCAGCAGAUCUUCAAAAUCCCACUUAG